GGAAGUUGACAGUUAGCAUCUCGUCCAGUUUACGUUCCCGGUGAGACUGUGGAGCGUCCAGGUGUAAAAAUGUUACCUUUAUCCAUCAAGGAUGAUGAGUACAAACCGGCCAAGUUCAACCUGCUGGUCAAACUGUCCGGGUGGUUCAGGUCCAUUUUAGCUGAUAAAACCUCCAGGAAUCUCUUCUUCUUCCUCUGCCUCAACCUCUCCUUCGCCUUCGUGGAGUUAACCUACGGCAUCUGGAGCAACAGGGGGCGCUCUCACACCACACUGCUGCCCUGGUUAUUUAAAUUGUGUGUAAAACCUGCGUCUUGCUUCGCAGGCGUCCUCCUCCACAUCAUCGCCGACACUCUGGGCAGCAUCGGCGUCAUCAUCUCCGCCCUCCUGAUGCAGAAGUACGACCUGAUGAUCGCCGACCCCAUCUGCUCCAUGCUGAUCGCCCUCCUCAUCGGCGUCAGUGUGGUGCCGCUGCUGAAGGAGUCCAUCGGGAUCCUGAUGCAGAGAACGCCGCCGUCGCUCGACAACGCCCUGCCAGAAUGCUACCAGAGGGUGCAGCAGCUGCAGGGAGUCUACAACCUGCAGGAGCCUCACUUCUGGACGCUGUGCACGGACGUUUACAUCGGGACGUUAAAGCUGCUGGUGGCGCCGGACGCAGACACCCGCUGGAUCCUCAGCCAGACGCACAACAUCUUCACUCAGGUCGGCGUCAGACAGCUGUACGUUCAGAUCGACACGGCCGCCAUGUAGAAGCUCCGCCUCCUCCCAUCCUGGGACCAAUCAGUCAUCUGCUGCUGGGUGACCUUUGACCCCUCUGCAGAAGGGAGGGGCGGGGGGACACAAAGAACUGAUGAACUCAAACGCCCCACCCACGUUGCUGGUUUUAUAAAUAAUUAACUGGGUUUGUUGGGCGACUCGUCCGCCUCGCUCCUCCUGCCCUUCUCUUUGUUUGUAGCAAAGGAUUCUGGGUAAGUGCCUUCAUCAGAGACAAUCUGAGCCCCUCCCACUAUUGGUGGCAUCACAACUGGUGUCUGCUGAUUGGCUCAGUGUCAUGUCACCGGGUUUUCUCCGUUUUCUUUUUACUGUGCCAAACCAUGUGACCAAAUCAUGUGACCGGUUAGUGGGAUUUUUUUAUCUGUAAUAAAUCGAUUUCUCUGCUCAGUUA